CUGGGAAUAUUUAAUGAGUUUGGAAAUUUUAAGAAAUUCUUAAUAAAUUCAUUACACUAUAACUAAACCAAUUAGGAUUUUAGCUGACUAAAUCUACUGUAGAUUUAGUCGACUAGAGUCUUACGAUAUUUAGUUGACUAAAACGAGACUGAAAUAUGAUUAAAACUAAAUGGCAUUUUAGUCCAAAGACUGACUAAAACGAAAUCAAAAUAUGCUGUCAAAAUUAACACUUCAGUUACACAACACAGAAAUACUUAAAACUGUGAAAAAUAUAUACAUUGACUUUCCAAUUAACUGCAUUUCAAUUUGAUCGCAUUUUUCUACAGGUCAUUAUAUAGCUCAUAAAACGGUUGUGGUUACUAAAACAUUUAGAAAAUGCAAUUGUAAUGCUCCUAAUGUAGAAUUAAAACUUGAGUAUAUGCACUUUCUGAGAACCCCUACACACCAGAGAAACCAGAAAUAAACCAAAGACACGAAGAAGUAUUUUCAUGCUGCAGUGGGCCAGGUUAUUAAUUUUAAAAGUCACAUCCUCAUGCGUUUUUUUUUUUUAGGGACUAGCCCUGCCUGUGCUGCCCCAUAAAGCACUAGAGGGGGAGUGUGUCUCCCCUGGCAUCCUGCUAUAAAAUCCUGGGAGUAAUUAUAGCGUACUAUGGCAAAUCAGGAGUAAUCAGAUCAGUCCCGAGGCUGGGAACAUACAUGGAGACACAGCAUCAGCACUGGAUUAAACCUCCCCACCAUGACUCCCCUCACUGAUUGAGGUACGAGUUUCUGCAAGUAGGUAAACGAGAGGGAAAGAGGAAAAGCCGUGAGAGGGAGUGGGAGGAAGAAUGAACCAGAAAGGGAGGCAGCGCAGUGCGAGCGAGCAAGAGAGAGGGGAUGGGGAGGGAGUCAAAAGCAGAAAGCGAGCAACAGCAAGUAGAACAGAGAUGCAGGGAGUUUGAGGGAGAGGGUGGAAAACGGAGGCCCGCCAACAACGAGAGGACGACAGGAGCGAAGUGAGGUAAGAAAGAAAGAAGGGCAAGGGUCCAGAAGAAGAAAACACACCGGGAUAACAUCUACGGGAGGAAACAACGCACCAGAAGGUGGGGGUCAGAGUAAAGAAACAUGCAAGAGAAAGUUUAAUUACAGGACAGAUGAGAAAAACAUCUCCUGGUAAUGACAAAACCGGGACCCUUAAAGAAGGGACACAUCCUCUCGAGAGUCCCCUUCUUGGGUCGCAGAAUGUUCUCCAAGACAAAAGGGGUCGGGGAGCCAUGCAUUCAACCCACCACUUCAAACCAUUUACAAAAUGGAAUUCAAAGACCUCAAGCGGACAUCCUUGCCUAUUUUGGGACUGGGGACCACGUAACGAACACCUGUGGACCAAAGCAACAGAAUUCCCCUCUCAAUGGAUAUACUGCCAAGAAACAUUUAGCUAAUCAGUGGGGUCAUGCACGGCUAGACGUGACUGGCCAGAUUUGUCAGACAGAGUUAACCAGCGUGCGGUGGAAUCGGCCUCCAGGGAAGGACCUACAGCAUAACAGAGUCUCUGUGAACUACCGCUUGAGAGAAUGCAGCUUUGUGGUCCACCGGCACCAGAUCGAGCCACACCCCUUCUUGAGGAAGUGUGCUCUGGACGCGCCAACACAGUUCAGAGGUCAUGGAAACUGUGGAGUGCCUGUUUGUGCAGCAGAGCAACAAUCAGGCUCUGUGCGAGGGGCCCUGCUUACAGAACAACAUGCAUCGGACUGGAUGGACUCAAGUGCCACUCACAAUUCGACCUUUAAUAAGAAUGCAGAACUUUGCACUUCUAACAGACAGGGAACUUUAAGUAGAUGCCUGGGAUGUGUCAUGCAAGAAUUUAACGGACCUAGUCCGGUGCAUGAAGUUAUGCUAUCUACCAAAGAUGUCAACAAGACCAAUUCUAAGCACCUUAAGUGUCAAGCAAAGGUCACCCAAGGGGAUCUCAUUGGACCAGGAAGAGGGUCUUACGCUUUCAGCUCUAAGCACUCACAAAGAGCAAUUCGGGACCAGAUCCAAAAAGUUGUUGUGAAUCUCGAGGAGGUUCUACACGGCCUGAAAGAGAUACAUCUGGAAAUGAAGGAGGUGGUCCAGAAGAUAGACCUGUUGACGGCUGACAUUGAUAUGGGCAAUGAAGAACCAGGGGACACUUUCAAAGGCAGGAUAGACUCUAGAGUGGCAUCAUCUCAAGGAGUCUGCUCUGACAAGUCAUCCCUCAAAACACCACCAGCAUAUCCCAUAAAAGAUCAAGGGCUGCAUGAUGCAGAUCGAAAACGGGAAUCAACUCAGGAGUUGGUCCUUUCUCAAAGAGAUACAUCAGGGACUGCUUCAAGGGGCAGGAGCCAGAAGCCUCCUCCUUACCCCUACGCCAGCACAAAAGGAAGAGUGAAUCCUAAAGCAAAAGACAAAGGUCAGAAGACGCCACCCUACCCCUUUAGACGGAAACUGCUCUUGACCAUUGUUUGAGCGGACCGUGGCUUCAGGGUAGAAUGUGGAGCAUUACACAUUCUACAUGGUGUACCAUGUUCCAGGCACCUUGGCGAAAUAAUCAAAGGAUUCUGACAUACCCCAAAGAUUUACCGGAAAUUCUCUACAAGCGUGCCAUUACACCAGCUUAAGAAAGUAAGUAUGAGCAUGAAUGCGCUCAUGAUAAUCAGAUUGGCAGGUAUGAAGUCAAAGUCAGGCUGAAACCCUAAACCCAUAAAUGCUGCCAGGAAUAGAAAUCAAUCUACUGCUCUGAACUUAAUUUGAA